AUUUUGACUGACAUUUUGAACCUUCCUUCCCACCACGAGAGAUUAAUUUGAACAUAAGCAAUGAAGCAUUAUCAUUACUGAUGACCAGUCACAGAUCGUGAAAGCGCCUUUUUACUCUCUCUCUGAGUUCUCAGAUCCUCCGAUGACCGCCGUUGGAUUGACGGCGAAAUUCAACCUUCACUCGCUACUGGCAUUACGCUUCACUCCAACACACUGCACUUUGCUUUACGAAAUCUGCAACUCCUAAGCAACAAUCCCUCUCUCCGUAUCUACUACUAUUACUGCUACUCCAAGAUCUGAAAAUCUUAGAUCUGUUAAAGUGAAUUCGAAUGUUUUCUAGGGUUUUCACUUUCUCAAACAGACUGCAAUGACUACCAAACGCGCUUACAAACUACAGGAAUUUGUGGCACAUGCUUCUGCUGUGAAUUGUCUUAAGAUUGGUAGAAAAUCAAGUAGGGUUCUUGUUACUGGUGGGGAAGAUCAUAAGGUUAAUCUUUGGGCUAUUGGUAAACCUAAUGCUAUCCUGAGUCUGUCAGGACACUCAAGUGGAAUAGACUCUGUAAACUUUGAUUCGUCUGAAGUGUUGGUAGCUGCUGGAGCUGCAAGUGGUACUAUUAAACUUUGGGACUUAGAGGAGGCAAAGAUUGUUCGUACUCUUACGGGUCAUAGGUCCAACUGUACAUCAGUAGACUUCCAUCCUUUUGGAGAAUUCUUUGCAUCUGGUUCUCUGGACACCAAUCUUAAGAUAUGGGACAUCAGAAAGAAGGGUUGUAUUCAUACAUACAAGGGUCACACUCGAGGGGUAAAUGCAAUUCGGUUUACCCCAGAUGGACGGUGGGUUGUGUCAGGUGGAGAAGACAAUACUGUGAAGUUGUGGGAUCUGACUGCGGGAAAACUCUUGCACGAUUUUAAGUCUCAUGAGGGCCAGAUCCAGUGUAUAGAUUUUCAUCCCAGCGAGUUUCUACUAGCAACAGGCUCUGCUGAUAGGACAGUUAAAUUUUGGGACCUUGAAACUUUUGAGCUUAUUGGUUCAGCUGGUCCGGAGACAACUGGAGUACGGUCUCUUACUUUCAGUCCUGACGGGAGGACCCUACUAUGUGGUUUGCAUGAGAGUUUGAAGGUUUUCUCUUGGGAACCUAUAAGGUGCCAUGAUAUGGUAGAAGUUGGUUGGUCUAGAUUGUCAGAUCUUAAUGUUCACGAAGGAAAACUUCUUGGCUGUUCAUACAAUCAAAGUUGCGUUGGAGUCUGGGUCGUGGACAUCUCGCGAAUAGAACCAUAUGCACUCAAUAGUAUGAACCAACUAAAUGGCCAUUCAGAAUCUAAAUCCUCAAGUGGAAAUACGACUGUAUUGAACGAAAUUACAGCCAAGGCUAGGCUAUCUGUUUCACAAAAUCCGGAUCCAUUACUGAAGGAAACAAGAUCUCUUGGAAGGUUGUCAGUUUCUCAAGAUUCAGACACCUUGAAGGAUGGAAAAUAUUUGGCAUCCACAGGAAGUGCACCAAGUACUCCUCAAAGGAUAAAUUCUAAUUCUAGUUCAAAAACAGUCUCUGGUGGUUCAACAGCAGUGCUUAAUUCAACCGCUCAGAAAAGGAGUUCUUUGAAAUCACAUACAACGUCAAGUGUUCCACUCAUCAAUAGAUCAGAUAUUAUACCUGUUAUUGUCCCCAGAACUAGCACUAGGCCAGAGUCUGUAGCUGAUUCUAGAAAAGAAGUUGGUGUUGCUGGAACAACAAUGCCAUUAUCUUUGCAGUCGAAGGCAGUAGAUAUACGUAAAUUUACAAACAACAGAGAUGAUGGGGAUAAGCCACCUUUCUCUCAUGUGACAGAAUUUGCAGCUUCUAAGGGUAGCGAAUUAAGUGGUUUUUCAGAUAAAAAUAAUUUGCCUGCUUCUGUAAGCUCAACUCAAGAUGAAGGCGGGGGUCAGAAACUGAACAGAGAUGGAUGUUCUAUUGAAGUACAGAAACGAGGGAGAAUGCGCUCACUUCUCACUUUGGAAAAGAGGGAACGCUCUCUUAAUUUUGAGGAACCUAGACACAGAAUUUCUCAUGGGAGGACACCAUCAGUUCAUGUGCUUCCUUUCAGUGGGAGAACACAUUCCAUAUCCACUGAGAAGGCCACAGUUUCUGCUAGCGAUGAAGAUUCUAUUGCUGAUUUAAUGGAACAACAUGAUGAAUUUAUCAGUUCAAUGCAGAACCGUUCAUCCAAGUUGAAGGUUGUCUUCAGACGUUGGGAAAGAAAUGAUGUUACAGAGGUCAUUAGCACGAUGGCAAAGAUGGGCGAUCAUGCUGUGAUUGCUGAUGUUGUUAGCAUUAUAAUGGAGAAAAUUGAUAUGGUCACACUUGACUUAUGUACAGGUCUUCUGCCCCUUCUUACCGACCUUUUACAAAGUGAAAUGGAUAGACAUCUAUCUAUAUCCGUGGAAAUGUUAUUGAACCUGGUCAGAGUAUUUGGUUCAGUAAUCUAUUCAACGCUGUCAGCUAAACCCUCUGUUGGUGUUGAUAUUGAAGCAGAGAAAAGGCUAGAGCGCUGCAACGUCUGCUUUGUAGAGCUCGAAAAAGUCAAAGGUUUCCUACCUUCUCUAAUGAGAAGAGGAGGAUCAGUUGCAAAAUCUGCACACGAGUUGAAUCUGGCACUUCAGGAUGUAUCGUGACUUUGACUGUAUUAGAUUAGUCUUGCUGCUCAAGUUACAUGGAUGCCUGUAGAGGUUUUUUGUGCAUCUCAAAGAUUUAAAAUCUCUACACAAGUCAUCAAGAGUUUGAUGCGUUGUCUUUUGGCAUCGAAUCAUGUAUGCACAUUUAUUUAUUGCUGUUAAAACUCAAGGGUGAUGAUGAUAAGUGGCGGCACUGAUAGUCUGAUACUGCUAAUUCUUCAACAUACACACGGAAACCAGAGCUGAUGUGAUGUGCUGCACUUUGCUAAUAGAUUAGUUUUGCACAGUUCUGUUUAUAAGCUUAAGCUUAAUGUGGAGAUCUCACUCCCGUCAACAACUAACCUAAUAUGGGACAAUGCUACUACUGAUACUGAUCUAAUCUUAGUUGAAAAUUUGUUGUUAUUUAUUGUUUUAGUGUCUUAGCUUAGGCGCGAUUGUAUGAGACUGUGACCCUUCAUUUUCUCUGUUCCAAAUUAUUGUAUGAUUUCUUUCAAUGCCUUCGGUAACUAUUAUAUUACUAUGGAUUAGUGUCGUAUAUAACGUAGGAAAUGAAUCGACAACUUUGUCCCGGUAA